AUGGCAUCUUUCGCCGAACAAAACGCGGUUCGAUGCAAAGAAGCCGGGAACGUUCUGUAUAAGAACGAGCGGUACGAGGAGGCCAUCGAAAAGUACACCGAAUCUAUUCAGUUCGACGGCACGAACCCGGCGGUAUACACGAACCGAGCGGCGGCACAUUUCAAUCUCAAAAACUUUCCGCAAGCGUUGCUCGACGCGGAAACGAGCACGAGAGUGGACGAAACGUGGACGAAAGGGUACUAUCGAAAAGCGAAAUGUUUACACGCGAUGAACGAUACAAAAGAGAAAAAGAAGAACAGAUUUGAAAACGUGCGAGAAGCGAUCGAUGUUCUCCGGAUUGGCACGCGAUACGACGCGACCAACGCGCAAGCGAACGCGUUCUUGAGAGCGCUGGAACUCGAAAGUCUUUCGCUCGCGAAGGAUUGUUUCGAGAUGAAAGCGAGAGCGAAGGAGAUGUUUCGGGAGGGGAAGUUUGAAGAAGCUGUUGAGAUGUACGGAGAGGCGCUGAGAGACGAGGAGACGAGGAGAGGUAAGGAGAAAGGAAAAUCCGUUCUGGGCGAGAGUAACGGUGGUAGUAGCAGUGGUAGUCUUCGCGCGACGUUGUUUUUAAAUCGGGCGGAGUGUUAUCGACAGAUGGGUAAGAUGCGAGAGUGCGAAAGAGAUUGCGAGGAAGCUUUGCAAUUGCAACCGAAAAACGAGAAAGGUCUGUUGAGAAGAGCGUUGUGUAGGGAGUAUUUCGAGAGAUUCGAGGAGGCUUUGGAGGAUUUCGAGACGGCGAAACGGCUAUCGCCUUCCAGUCUUCUCGCGAGCUCCGGAAUCGAGAGGUGCAAGAGGAUGCAAAAGGUCAUCAAUAAUGACGGGUAA